UAUAGAUAUUAAUUGUUUUCAUUGUAGUCUUAUCGAUCUCGUAUAUGGCAUCAAUUCGACGGCUCACUCGCCAUCUUUUGGCUUGCCACAGGAUGCGUUCUCCACGUCAUUAUUCGAUGCUACGUCGACAACCCCACCAGUACUGACCAGCACACAGUCUCUCUCUUUCCUCAAUGCUGUCCUUAAUAUUGCCGCUGUCAGAACGUUCCCAUCCAGUCAGCGAAACAUUCACAUUCGUGUAGAUCGUGACGAAGAAUUCCGAAAGCCAGUGUUCUGCGCAAAUUAUAAUCAGCAAGAUGGCAGCUAGUCAGUAUUAUCACAUACAGUGCACGCCCACCGUGUAUCCGGCUGAUCCUUUCGAUGCCGAGGAAGAUGCCAGUCUAUUACGAUCUGCGAUGAAGGGUUUCGGGACUGAUGAGCAGGCCAUAUUGGACGUCUUGUCUCAUCGCGGCAUCGUACAGCGACUAGAAAUUGCCGACAAAUUUAAGACAAUGUACGGCAAGGACCUCAUUUCCGAGUUGAAGUCAGAGUUGUCCGGAAACUUCGAGAAAGCCAUCCUUGCUCUAAUGACGCCUCUUCCCGAAUAUUACGCUAAGGAAUUGCACGAUGCUAUUUCCGGCAUGGGCACCGACGAGGGUGCACUCAUCGAGGUCCUUGCAUCCCUGAGCAACUACGGCAUCAAGACGAUAUCGGCUGUUUACAAGGACCUGUACGACCAAGAGCUGGAAGAUGAUCUCAAGAGCGAUACCUCCGGUUAUUUCAAGAGGCUUUUGGUAUCGUUGUCUUGUGCCAGUAGAGAUGAGAAUCCAGACGUCGAUGAGGAGGCCGCACGUCAGGAUGCCGAAAGGCUUCAUACCGCGGGUGAGGGACAAUGGGGCACCGACGAAAGCACUUUCAAUGCAAUUCUCAUUACUAAGAGUUUUCCACAAUUGCGACGGAUCUUCAAAGAAUAUGAGCACCUCACCGGAGACACCUUGAAACAUGCUAUCAAGCGAGAAUUCUCUGGUUCUGUUGAAGACGGAUACUUAGCUGUGGUGAAAUGCGCCUCCGAUAAGACUGCUUAUUUCGCGGAAAGAUUGUACAAAGCUAUGCGCGGAAUGGGCACGAACGAUUCGACAUUGAUACGCAUCAUUGUGACACGAUCAGAGAUUGAUCUGGGCGACAUUAAGGAUGCCUAUGAGAGACUUUACGGAAAAUCUCUUGCGGAAGCUAUCGACAGCUCGCGAGGUAGUCGGGCUAUGGAAAGUAUGGUCGAGGAAAAUGGAUCAACCGUCGAUCCGUUGUCUGUGCAGGGCUCCCAGAGCGACGCAGCACCAGCAAUCGCAACCUCGGUACAAUCUAUCGAUAGAACGCAUCAGCAGCAAACUCAUCACCUGGUAGCUUCUACCAGCAUUGUGCAACUGACGCUACCCUCGUCAGGAACAACACAGGUGCAAUCGGUCAUACAACCCAAUCAACAGUCCGUGAUACAGACCGCCACAAACAUACAACCCGUCGCAAUCUCCAAAGGAAACGUUAUUCUGGUUAGCAAACCCAACUCCGUUAUACAAACUGCACAAGGCAGUUUACAGACGCUUCAAGUGGUGGAAACUGGUAGUGACGAUAGUUUCUCAGACGAGGAUUCACCCAAGAAGAGAAAUAUUCUAACCAGACGACCGUCUUACAGAAAGAUUCUUAACGAUUUAGGCGGAGGAGAAAUUACAGACGGUCGUUUGCCCCCCUUAGAAUCAUCCUCCGAGUGUGAUUCUAACGUGGACAGUGAAGUGUCUUCCCAUUCGCUCCAUUAUCAAACAGUAAUUCCUGCCGGUACUAUUCAAAUUGCGACCCAAGGGGAGGGAGUUCCGGGGCUUCACACGUUAACUAUGAGCAAUGCGGCAACAGCGGGUGGAGCUAUAGUGCAGUAUGCACAGGGCCAGGACACUCAAUUUUUUGUCCCAGCUUAUACAGGUCACGGAGUAGUAGUGGAGGAUGCAGCACGAAAGAGAGAGUUAAGGUUGCUUAAGAACAGAGAGGCGGCACGUGAAUGUAGAAGAAAGAAGAAGGAAUAUAUAAAGUGCUUAGAAAAUCGUGUUGCGGUGCUGGAGAAUAGAAAUCAGACACUAAUCGACGAAUUGAAAUCGUUAAAAGAAUUAUAUCAGCAGAAAACCGACUGAGAUUGGUGUUUAAAACCUGCGCGACAGUGUAUCAAAACUAUUAUCCAGUCGAUGAACCUGUACAUGUCUUGUUUGUGUACAUUAUCCUAAAUGUUGCUAGGGGUAAGUGAUGGUGAUGUACAUGCAUUCUUAUAGAUAUUUCUCUGUAACAUACUGUAUUUAAGUACGAAUACGAAGGCUUGUGAAACUUGCUGUUACUAAAGCGGGAAGCCAAAGUUAUAUGAGACACGGAGGCAGCAAACACGUAGGCAAUAUUUCAUAUAUCAGUCUCUAUUUUGGAUAAACACAGCGCGUGAUUCACUUAGAAUCUGCGCACUCGAAAUUUCGACCUUACAGACUGGAACGGUUAGAUCGCAUUAAUAACAUAACUGGCAAAUGAUAUUCGUGUUUGUUUAGCAUCACUGUCUACCGACCGUUUGUACUAGAUGAAGGCGUGUCUUGCUUCAUUAUGACACGCUGCAGUUUAUUUCUUUAAUAUAUACAUAUAGAAAAAAA